CGGUCGCGCUACGCUACCCCCGCCGUGCGAGGACGCGUGUGCGAGAGCGCGCGUUGUGUGCUGUGCUGCAAGACGCCCCCCCGCGCACGGGCGUAGCCUCCGCCGUGCCGCCAUCGUGCCAGAGAUGCUCGCGGGAAUGCUGGAGCCGUACGGCUGUUGGACGCCGCAUCCACGAUUAGAGAAUUCCCCAUGGCCGCCCGUUACCGCUCGGAGCGCGAGCGGCGGCGAGGGCGGCGGCGGCGGCGGCGGCGGCGACGGCGGCGACGGCGGCGACGCGAGGCGACAGGGCGGCGUGGCGCGACGCUGGUGGUGGCACGUGCGACCAGGUGGUGCGAGAGCUCGGCGCCGCCGACGCCCACUUCAGAAUUCGCACCCUCCAGGGGUUGCUUGGCGGAAGAACCAGCCACCUCAGGCGGCAUUAUUUCUACAAUGGCAACCCCGCUUAGAUAUUCUCGGUUUCCGUUCCGUGCUCUUGUUGCUAACUUGA